CCGUUUAAACUAACUGCUAUAGCCACCCACAGCCAUCCCACACACUACCACCGUCAUGUCUGCACACGUUCCCGCCUGGAAGAGGAUCGGUUUAAAGGUCAAGGAAGAAUUGGAGCACGAUCCGCUCGUGAUAUCCACCCAUCUUGAAACCGCAAAUGUCACCAACAAGGAGCUCAAGAGAAUCAACAAGCAGAAGAGAAAGUUAGACGAGAGCAACAAAGAGAAGAAGGAGCCCAAGAGACCCAAAUUGCCCAAGAGUGAGAGGGCUCCUCCGCCCGAAAAGGAUCAGUUGGCAUACUUGAAGCAGUAUCACAACGAUCGUGAUAACUGGAAGUUCAGCAAACAGAAACAGAACUGGAUAUUGAAGAACAUCAAGACCAUACCCGGUGAGUAUGAAGACGCGUUGAAGUCCUAUUUGGAAGGUUUGCAGGGCGGAUCCAGAGGAAGAGUGGUUGAGGACCUCAAGGAAGUCAUUCAAAAAUGGAACAAGUUGGCCCAGGAGGUCGAAGACAAGCUUGAGAGAGAACUGAAUGGGGUACAGGAACCAACCAAGGAAGACACCAAGGAAGAAGACACCGAAAGUGACAAAAAGGCUAAGAAAAAGGCCAAGGAGGAACCAAAGGAAGAAGAAGUCGAUAUCGACUAUGCUGAGAGAUGUAAGGGUUUGCUUGAGGUUUUGACGGGAGAAGUGUUUACCUUAAAGGGCCUUGAAGACGAUGUCGAUGAGAAGAAGGAAGAAGAGGUUGCAGUAGAGAAUGAAGAGGCGCAAGAAAAUGCUACCGUGGAAGACAAGCAAGAAUCACCAGCUGACGAAUCUUCCAAGAAGGUAAAAAACUCAAAGAAGGAAAAGAAGUCCAAAAAGGACAAGAAGGAGAAGUCGAACUUAAUUUUGGAGGAAGUGGACGUCAGCCAAUUUGACAAAUCCGCAAAAAAGAAGAAGAGCAAGAAGUAGUUACAGCAUAUCCGAUGACCAACCACAAUCAUAGCACUGUAUUUAUAGACAAUAAUAAACAGUAUAAAUUGGGCGAAAUACUUUUAGUGAAGCUGGAGCAACUGGUUCCAGGUGCUCCCUAUUUUAGAAUAAUAGGUUAAUUUUCUCAUAUGCGGUAAAAGGCUAUAUGAUUGCCAAAUUCAUUUUUAUUUUUUGGAGUAGUCAAUCUCUGAAGCAAUUGUAAGUUUGAAUAGAGGCUUCCAACAGUGCAAGAGUGGUUGUGUACAAGGACACUGAAUAAUAAACUAUGGAUUUAUAUAGGAGAAAUUAGGUAGGAAGAAAUGAACAUACCUUAGGGGACAAAACCUCCGACAUUUGUGCAUUUUUGAAUCAGCUAGGUCCAUUUCCAUUCCAUGGAGAUAGUUACGAUUACGUUAUUGCUUAGUCAUUAUGAUGGCUGUUGCCAUAAUGGGGCCAAA